AUGGUUCAGUCGGCACCCAGAGACAAGGCCGACACGAUGACGCGGCUUCGUGAAGGCGUGAGCGACGGGCUAGGCGCCCUCAAAUUGACGCUUUCGACAACGGCCCCAAAGCUGCUGGUAUCGUGGCUCUACGUGCCCUCCGGCAUCAUGGUGAUGCUGGCAUUCUGUUUCGCCGUUCACGUUGGUCUGCGUGCCGCAGGCGUGUCUUUCCCUUCGUCUGUCGCCUGCCUGGUGCUUUUGUUCGCCGUGCUGUUGCUUUCUGAAAUGGUUCUUGGCGCGCGAAAGACGAAACUCGUCGUCGACUUGAUUGACGUGCCUGCCGGCUGGUCCCUCCGCUGGAUCAACGUCAUGUUUACGCCGUCUUUCAUCCUUUUACCCCUGAGUCCAGCCAUUGGGAUCAUGGAAGUCCUGAAGAUCAUUGCUGUGUUUCUUUUGGGCUUCCUUGCCAUGAUGGCCCUGGCUGCCUAUCUCACGCGUGGCAUCCAGCUUGUCACCGGUUCCUCAAAGCGAGCCAUCGCGGAGCGUGCUGAAGAGAUGGGAAACGAGACGGAUGAGAUCCCCUUGGCAGCAACACCUCGCGGCGAAGAAUCAUCGUCGGCGCCAACAUCUGCACCCAUUUCAGCUGUCCCGUCGUCCGUAUCGUUGAACACCCUCGCCCCCUUGCCACCUUCGCGCAACGCCUCUCAUGUAUUUCUUUCGGACACUUUACGCUCCGGUGGUCACCAUCUGAACGAGACCUCGGCUCUUAAUGUCCCUCCCUCGCUGCCGCCGCAAGUUCCCCUUCCACAUCCACGGACACAGAUCUGGGCCGCUUGGCUCACCCACCACAGCGACCACCUCACAUACGGUGCCCUCUUUCUGUUCGCUGGCAUUCCCCUGUAUUAUAGUUCGGUCUAUGCUAUGCCCCUCCAGCUCAGCGUCACGAUCCUGGCUUACUUCGCCGCCCUCGCCAUUCCCCUGAGCUGGCGUCAAUACAUCCACCCCGUCCUCGUCACAGCCCUCAUCAGCGUCCUGACCCUCUGGGCCCUCGCCGGCGGCGGGCCCUUAUCCAAAGCCCUGGCCCCCUACCGAACGGGCGCCACCUACCUCCGCCUCUGGUCCGGCGACGCAACGUCCACCCUCCCCGGCGCCGGCGACAUGCUCGCCACCGCCCUCGACGCCUCCAUCGUCUCCCUCGCGCUGCCCAUGUACCAGUACCGCCGCGAGCUGCGCGCCCACUUCCUCGCCAUCGUCCUGCCGAACCUCGUCCUCGCCGUCGCGAGCCUCUUCUGCUACCCGGUCGUCUGCUUCGCCAUCGGCAUCGAGGCCCGCCGCGCCCUCGCCUUUGCGUCGCGCAGCCUGACCCUCGCGCUGGCGAUCCCGGCGACGGAGAACCUCGGCGGCGACGUCAAUGCCGUGGCGGCGCUGGCCAUCUUUAGCGGCAUCGCGGGCGUGCUCAUCGGGGAGAGGAUGUUGCGCUGGAUGCGGAUUCCGGAGGACGAUUAUGUCACGAGAGGCGUCACGCUUGGGGCCAACUCGUCGGCGAUUGCCACGGCCGUGCUGCUGAGGACGGACCCCCGCGCGGCGGCGCUGUCGAGUCUGAGCAUGAGUUUGUUUGGCACCAUGACCGUGUUGCUGACGUCCAUUCCACCGAUCGCCGGGGUUGUGCGGUCGCUGGUGUCGCUGUAG